ACAGUUCGCAAACAGUCCUAGUCCGAAGCGGAGCUAGGAGGUUUUUCCCGCCAGCUUUUUUCCAUCACCGCCUCGGUGCACUCAAUAGUGGAGCAGUUUUUUUUUUCGGUUUUUUAUUUGUUUCAAAAGUUAGUGCAAGUUUGUUUACAUGAUGAGAGUUUUUGUGUUGGGAUCCGUACUGCUGCUGGCGUCCUCCGCCUGUGCGAGUGCAUACAUAGGGCACGAAGUGUCCUCUCAGUACCAGGCGCACGAUGGAAUCGGUGGCUACUCGUACGGUUAUGCCGAUCCGAAUUCGCAAAAGCACGAAACCAAGGACGCUCAUGGCGUUACCCACGGAGGCUACUCGUAUGUGGAUGGUGAUGGCCACGUGCAGACUGUGAAAUACACCGCUGAUCCUGUGCAUGGCUUCCAGGUAGUUGGCACUAAUCUUCCUAAAGCACCUGCUCCGGUGCACGCUGUCGCCCCUGCUUACGGCCACUACGCUUCACCAUGGGCCUACGCUCCUGUCGUGCUGGGUCACAAUGGCGCUCCUCUGGAAACUCCUGAGGUUCAAGCUGCCAAGGCUGCCCACUUUGCCGCUCACGCUGAAGCCAAGGCUAGACUGCACCGUCGUUCGAUUUACGCCGGUCCAUGGAACCACGCUCCCGCUGAGGAUGCUCGAGCAAGCCACUGGUAUCACCACGAAGCUCUGGUUAAGAAGUGGAAUGGACCCAUUCACAUCCCAGUGAUCCACAAGGGAGUCCCGGUGGAAACCCCUGAAGUUCAGCACGCUAAAGCGGCUCACGCUGCCGCCUACGCCAAGGUCCAUAGCGGGUACGCUCCAGCUCAUGAGCACCACUACCAGGAGCCUGUUCAUGAACAGCAUCACGCUCCCUCGUACGGUGCAUGGCACGGACCUCAACAUGUUCCGGUAAUCCACAACGGAGUCCCAGUGGAAACCCCGGAAGUGCAGCACGCCAAGGCCGCUCAUUACAAUGCCCUGGCAGAAGCCAGUGCCCAUUCGCAGCAUGGACCCGAAGACGACGGUUCCUACAAACCGGAGCUGUGGGAAAAGGAAAGCUACUAAUCCCCGCUUGAAAGUUCGCAACCGACUCUGGAUCCACAGACCCGCCAACCUCCCGUCAUUCGCUGCGCAGAGCUUCCGGAUCCGGAUCCGAAUCUCGACUAUUGAGUGCCAAAUAACAAACCGCGAUCUUACGUAACUGUCACGGAGAAGUGUAGGAAGAGUUGUCCUCCCCGCCCACCCGGCUGGACGGGACUAGCUUCGAGUAGUAGUAAUAGAAUAACCCGAAACCGAUCUGGAAUAAUCUGUGUCAUCGAAUUGUGUCUCUCUCAUUCUCUCACACACACCCAUACUAAACCUAUUUAAUGUAAAUAUCUCUAGCUUCGUGUUAAUUAUAGAAUUAUUGCGCUGAUGCAAAGCACUACUGAGAAGUAGUUAGAAAAAUUGA